UGUAUUAUUAGCUUUUGCGGGGAUAAAAAAUAUUUGAUUAAAAAGAAGUAGAAGCAGAGCUUUUCUCUUUGAGCUAGAAAUGGAUAACUGGAAGAUCCAGCUGGUUGUUGUGACUUUUUGUGCUUUGGUGCAAACUUAUCAGAGAUUCUCGUGCAGUGCAGAAGAGCAGAGAGGACUUCUGAAAGAGUGGAAGGAUGAAUCACUGCAGACAAGCCUGACCAGCCCAAUGUCCAGUGUAAUAAAAAGAUCUAAAGCUCUUCGAUUCUACGGACUCAUGGGGAAACGCUCAGAUGCAAAAAAACCCUACCAAGUAAAAAGACGAAAUAAAGGAGAAAUGUUUGUGGGCCUGAUGGGCAGAAGCAUUUCCAGUGGUGGUAAGCAUAAAAACAUCAACAGACCGCAUGUAAAUUGUAGAUAUUUCAAAAUAUCAAGGCAGCUUUAUUGAUAUUAAAAAUAUCAAAGUGCU